GCGUGCCCUCCCCGCCGCCGGCGCUGCCCGACUCGCCCUCCCCGGCCGCCUUGCGCCCGGCCGCCCAGCGCCCCGGCCGCCCCGCGCUGGCGCGGGCGGCGCGGAGGGAGCCGGAGGUGCAGGUGGCUUUGAACCUGGACCGCUUCUUCGGGGACGACGGCGUGUGGGAGCGCGUGGUCGAGGUGGCCAGCGGCGCGGGCAUCGCGGACUACCACCCGUCCUGCGGCGUCGGCUCGCCUCCCGCCAGGGCCGCCUUCCGCGUGCGGGUGCCGAAGCAGUACCCGGGAGUCCAGUUCCGGAAGUCCAAGAACCUGGAUGACCGGUACGAGCGCUACGCCCGCGACGGCGUAUGCGUGACGGGCCGUGUCGAGGACGACGGCGAGUGGCUGCGCAUCAGCUCCCACGUGUUCUUGCCUAUCAAGGUCGGGGGCGUGACCAUCCUGGAGGAGGCCCUGGACGCCGAUCCGCUGGACCGCGUGCCCUCCUCGCCAAUCCUGGAGGAGGCGUGCGGCGUGGCAGGUUGGUGGUCUUGCGGCCAAACUUACAUCGGCAAGAACGAGGCGGAGGAUAGCCAGGCUGCCAGCGAUUUCUGCGCCGCGGUUCGCAGGAGGCCCGCGGCGCCGGGCAGCAAAGCCGCCGUCGCCCUCUGGGCCGGCGCGGAGCUCCGCGAGGUGGCGAACGACGGACAGGCUGCGAAGCCUAACCCCGUCGUGCCUGAAAGAGAGGCGGACGAGAACGACGGCGAAGUGCGGCCACGGCGGCAGGCGCUUCCGGAGGCGAUCCGGAGAGACCCUCUGGUGGACCUGGACGCCGCGACCCGCCAUCUCAGCGACAGGAUCAACCCGUUCUCCGACACGCCGCGCGCCGCCGCCCCGCGCCGCGCACCCCUGCUGCUGCACGCGGCCGAGCGCCGGCGCUGA